AAAGAAUCACUCCGCCCAGUCCAACACCUGCACCCCCUUCGACACCACGUAGAACAAAAGCCCUGCCACACAGUGCGAUGACUGUGUCCGUGACGCAUGGCCAGACUACCACGACAACCACUCAUCCUCAUCCCACAACUGCUGCCAUGGCCAGACCCACGAGUCCAGGAAAUUCCAGUGGUUCAGAGACGGAUCAAGUCUCUGGAACUGCCCUCCGAAGACUCUACUUCAAGAGUGGACGUCAUGCAAGAGCCAGAGGACCCGCUGUACCUAAGGUCGUCGUCAUGGGUUCAUCAACAACAUCAAAUUCUGAGGCAACAAUCAACACAUCAACCGAGAGUGCAUCCACUCUCAUGACAAAUGUUACUGCUACUGAUACCGAAACAUGCGAUUCACUCGAUUUAGGAGAUACUUCUGGAUUGAUGGAACCUUUGCUGAGUUCUUUGGAUGAAGCACCUACAACAGCGAUAAACAUCCCGACGCCACCAUUGACAAAUGGCUGUCCCCAGGCGGAAAUAGACAAGGAGUCCCAGAAAGCUGAUGAGGCAGCGCCAGAGGAUCCUUCGAAUCAACCCAAAACAGCUCCAGUUACAUCUCAAAGUCGCUUCCCUUUUGAUCGUCCACCAUCUCCGAGGAGUGUAAGAACGUUGGAAAAAAAUCAACCUUUGUUUACGUUUGAGGAAGGGUCAGAACGUCGAGAAAGUCGCCAUAAAGAUCAGAAUGAGGAUGAAAAGAAGUGUGAGAAGCCAGUUAAUGGUAGAGUGGCGCUCAAAGACAAGUAUAUCUUAAGUAAGAGGAUGAGUGCUAAGAAGCGCUUUGGCCAAACAGAUUCCACAAUGUUCCCCUUUGAUCGGGAAGCUCUCGACUACGAGCGCAUUCAGAGGGAGUGCUUUGCGCUAGAGGAGGAAACUAAGUUUCCUUUUGAUUCAGAUACUGGCUUGGGAUACGAUUCCCCGGACAGUCCUAUGAGGGAAUCCAUCAAGAGGUCCGAUAUUGAAUUGAAGGAUCGAAGAAUGUACGAAGGACCACAGGAUGUCUUCCAGCAGUACACAUUGCUGGCACAACAAGAAAGUAUGAUGCAAUAUGUUGAGUCUACGCCUAAACCAUCCAGAAGAUCCACUAAGAGAGUCAAUAAGGGAAAUUAUACGGGAAAGUAUGAUGCUUUUUCUCCCAAAAAUGACCACUCGGGGAUGUCCAAGUUCGAUCAGAUUACUACGAAAUUUGACCAAAUGGCCCCCAAGGGUGACUCGAGCCCUUCGGGCGGAGCUCAUGGCACUUCCACACCUCUGCCCGAUCUCCGAGUUGACUUCUUCGCAGAGGAACCGUCGUCGGCUCGCGGUGAUGACGCUAACUUGGAAGAGUGCCAGAAGAUCAUGCAGCGUGGCGAUGCUAUAAAUGUCACGAGCAAUCCACUCGACGCCGCAGUCUGUACUCAACCACGAGCUACGAUCGUUGUACAGCAAGCAUCGCUGAGCUUGGAUAAUUCGGUGGAAACUUUCUUACUGAAGCACGAGACAGAUUUUAUUAGUGUGGAGCAGGGUAAGGAGUCACGACAGAAGAAGAAGCAACAGCGUGAAGAAAAUAUGAGACAACUACUUGAUGUCACAAACACCCUCACCUCCGAAGAGAUUAGGGACUUUGAAAUGAGAUAUGGCUCCCCUCAUCACAGUCGGUCACAGUCAGUUAAAACACCAGGAAGUAGGGCAUCGGGAAGGCCCAAUCAGCUCAGUCUUCCUCAACAACGGUCCAGAGUGGCCUCGAUGCCCAACACUGGAGUUGAAGAGGAAUACUACAGGCUUAGGCAUUUCUCCAUCACUGGAAAGGGUGUUGUAAAUCGAGGGGAUUCCCUGAAGAGUCGCAGAAGUCGAUCCAACAACAGCGUGGCUUCCUCAAAUUCUAGUACUGAACAUCUAACGGCAAAUGCAGCUGUCGUAGUGAGCAAUGUUGGUGGUGGAUCGGCUAAGACAUCAGCCACAGCCAGCCUAGCCUCAAGUCGCGAAAGCAGCACAUCAAAUCCAGGCAAUGGACCAUAUAGAGUUCUCAUGCUGGGUGCCACAGCAGUCGGCAAGAGUUCUCUUGUCUCCCAAUUCAUGACCUCAGAAUAUCUCCAUGCAUACGAUACGAGCAUAGAUGAUGAAUCUGGUGAGAAAUCUGUAUCAGUCCUGCUGAGUGGUGAAGAAUCCGAGUUGAUUUUCAUUGAUCAUGCUUCUACAGAUAUGUCGCCCGAAAGUUGUUUAUCUUCUUACGAUCCACAUGGAUACUGUGUUAUAUACUCUUCCGCGGAUCGUUGUAGUUUCCUCGUAGCUGAAAGAGUCCUUCAGGGACUCUGGACAUCAGAAAAUAUUGCUCAGAAAGCUGUUAUUUUGGUGGCUAAUAAAGCUGAUUUGGCCCGAAGUCGAACAGUUUCGUCCGAAGAGGGGAAAGCCAUGGCAACUGCCUACGACUGCAAAUUCAUUGAGACUUCUGUGGGAAUAAACCACAAUGUGGAUGAACUGCUAGUUGGUCUCCUUUCGCAGAUUCGCCUCAAGCUGGAGAAUCCCGAAAAGUCGAGGGAUUUGUUCAGGAAGCGAUCCACAAGGAAAUCCAAGAGAAGAGCUUGCUCUCCACUCGGUAGUGCAGCCACUGCGUGUUUGACGGGCAGUGGUGGUACAAAUCCCGGAACACCUGUGUCAAUAGGACCUGCUGUCACUGGCCAUGAUUAUCCAACUCCACCUGGAAGUGCUCACAGUUCUCCACGCAAGUACAGAGGCUCCAGAACGUCCACAAGUUUGAAGGUUAAGGGGCUUUUGGGAAGGGUCUGGGCCAGAGAUUCCAAAUCAAAGAGUUGCGAAAAUCUCCAUGUAUUGUAAAUAGAUGAAUUCCCUUGUUGAGUUCUCUUGCGGGACUCCAAGCCACUGGACCAUAGUUUCAUAGACCAUCCCUAAUCAUCCUGCAUCUUCAUUGGAAAUUCCACGAAUUUUAUCAAACUUUCUCGAAAGUUUAAGAAAGAAGAGAUGGUAAAAAAAGGAUACCCUUUGGUUAGGUUUAACAGAAAAAAAAAUAUCUCAAUUAUUUUAAAAAAAAGUUUUGGUCUGUAUCUCGUGACUUAAUGUGUGAAAACUAUGUUUUCACAUUUUGAUCAAAACAAGUAUUUCUAAAAAAAAAAAUCUUAGUAUUUAGGAAUGGUAAAAAAAAUUAAAGUGAAAAAGAAAAUAAUUUCACAUUUGAAUGACAGACUAUUUACUCUUUUAAUUGUAAAAGAAAUUAUCAAGAAAAUUUUAAAUGUUACAUUGUAAAAUAAAUCGUCCCGGUUUUAGAAUUAAGAAGAAAAAAAAUGAAACAUUUAAAAGAAAUUAUAUUCAAAAAGAAAUAUCUAAUCGUUGACGAUAUAUUAUUAUCAAGAUCAAUAUAGUUUGUAGAAAGAAUAUUUGAAAGAACAAAAAGAAUUUUUAUAUCCCAAUGAAAUCAUUAAUAUUUACAAAUAAGUUCUAUUAUUAAGAUUUUUACAAUUUACUGUAAUGUUUUACACUUUUAUUUUAUACCUUUUUCAAUUUUUGUAUUGAGAUUUUUUUUCUAUUAAUUUGUCUUUCUGGAAAAGACUUGGUUUUAAGAUGACUUUUUUUUGUAUGUUAAAGUGUGAUUAUAUUUUCUAUAUAUACAUCAUUUGGUGACUAUGGAAUUGUUUUUUUUUAUUUUAACAUGUCUUCUAUCCUUAACUAAUUUUUUUGAAAUAUUUCAGCAUUUUUAGCAAAAGAAAUCAAAGUGAUUUGAAUCAAAUAAAAAACUGCCCACGUUUUUCCACAAUUUUUCCGCGCAAGCAAUUUUUCAGCCUCCUCUUGAGAUUCGCACCGGGAAUUUGAUCUUAAUGGCUCUGGCACACCUUUUAGAUCAGGAAAAUUUUAUAAAGUCGAAAUUGGAAUCCCUUUCUUUCUCACACGUUUUUCAUAUGUCCUUCUCAUUCUUUCGCACUCUUCUUCUUCUUUUAAACAUCACAACAAAUUCAAUUUAGCUCGAUCAAAUUUGAAGUGCGAAAAAAUGAGAUAGACAUAAUGCAAAACGUGUGAGAAAGAAAAGAACGUGAAUUUUGAUUUCAUGAAAUUUUCUUGAACUGAAAGGUGUGCCGGAGCUAUAAAGACAAUUUUUUGAAGUAUUGUGGAACAAUUUGAGGAGAGAAACAUCUUAUUAAUUUAGGAAAAAAACACAAAUUCGGAUUGUUGAGAGGGACCAAAAAUAUAAAAAAAAAUCUUUAUCUUUUGUACUUUAAACUUUCAUUGCUGCACGUUCUUUAUAAAAUCGAUCAUUUUGUGGCAAAAUUUUCCUUUUCAUUUCUUAUUUUUCUAAUUUCUCUCAAAAUUGUUCCACAGAUGGAUUAAAAAUUCUGCAAACCACAAAAGUUAGCAUUUAAAAGAAAUGAUAAAAUAUUUUACUGGGUCCAUUUUAAUCACUGUAUUUGCAUGUUUAAAUGUUUAUCGUGUUUGUGCCCGAAGAAAUUGCAUUUUGCCUCCAAAAAAAAAGAAA